AUGUGAAAGCUUCAUUCUGUGGAAGUGCGCAGCACAGUUCGAUUGAUGGGAUUAUUGAAUUGGAGGGAAGAAGAGAACUACGACUCUGGAUUAACUUUUUCGAGGGAAUAUCAGAAGUUAAUAUCGCUUGUUUUACCUAUUUUUUCACUUUAACUCACUUUUUAAAGUUUCUUGCGGUGUCCAAACUCAGGACUUGUGGUCUUUGCGCAUCAUUCGUGCCAUGGCAAACUCGUGUCUUCAAUUGAGCGGCUUUCUCAUUAGCUGCCUCGGGUGGCUGGGCAUCUUGAUCGCAACAUCCACCAACGACUGGGUGAUGAUGUGUAAAUAUGGUCUGAACACCUGCAAGAAGAUGGAUGAGCUCGGGGCAAAGGGUCCCUGGGCAGAGUGCGUCAUCUCCACGGGACUUUAUCAUUGCUACACGUUGACACAGAUCCUGGAGCUGCCAGCCUACAUCCAGACGACUCGUGCCCUGAUGAUCACAGGCUCAAUACUGGGGCUCCCUGCAGCAUUAAUGUGCCUCAUGUCCAUGCCCUGCAUCAACCUCGGCAGUGAACCCCAGAGUGCCAAGAACAAACGCACCAUCCUUGGAGGAGUGCUUAUAAUCAUAGUUGGGCUGUGUGGUAGUGUGUCUACAGUCUGGUUCCCCAUUGGCGCUCACCAGGAACAGGGUCUGAUGUCAUUUGGCUUCUCCCUUUAUACUGGAUGGAUGGGAACAAUCUUCUCCCUGCUUGGUGGGUCCAUUCUUACCUGUUGCUCCUCAGACGACUCCUCAUCACGCUCCUACCAGGACAACAAUCGGUUCUAUUAUUCCAAACAGGGUGGUGGCAACGCACCAACAGCUGCCGCCACCAAUCACGCCAAGAGCGCCCACGUCUGAAAUGGGAGCGCUUGUGAACACUGAUUGGAUGUGUGGGGGACUGUGGUUUGUAUAUAGAACCACAUUACAUUAGCACAGACACUCCUGCAUUCAAGCACACAUACAGUAGGAGGAGGGAAACACAACUACACACACUCAUUCAUGUUUGUUUAGGUAAAUAGACAUAUUCUUGAAUGAGCACACAAACAUGCAUAAAAGAGACACUCACACAUCCAAACACACAAAGGCUGUUUUUGUUGGAGCUCUUUUUUUCUUGGAUGGAUUAUUUUUGUAUCGGAGAGCUCGUCCUCCAGCUUUCUCAAGUUGGGCGUGGUGUGGACUCUCCCCACUGUUACAUCCUUUUACAGCGUUGUGAUGAACUGCCUACGCAGCAGCCUCAGGUCUUAAUCACCCAUGGCCUUGUGGACUGAGAUAUUGAUCUCUCAUAUUACUUCUAUUUUUCUAUUUAGAUGCUCCCAGAGAUGAAAUCUUUGAUGAUAAAUCUUUUUUUGUUCUAAUCAUAUGAUAUUGUGAUCUGUAGUUUGGAUAAGAGCAGGGCUUGAAAGAAUUAUGUUUUGAAUUGAAUGUGUUACAACGUUGUAUAUGUACAUUACUUUUUCUUUGACAAUAUUGUACAAAUCUAUGGUGAACUUGCCUCUAGAGAGAUAGACUUGAUUAAAAAAUCUUUUUUAUAGCCACUGAAGAAUUAAUGUUGCAUGAUGGGAAUAUGCAUUUCAGAAAUAGCUGUAGACGGCAGUGUUACAGUCUCUAUCUUUGUCUUAUGAACACUGGUAGUAAUAUUCUCUAAUCCAAACACAUUCAUACUUGACUAACUUGCUUCUUUUUUAAUUUUCAGUAACAACUAUGUAACAAUAAAGCAACUUAUCCUCCAACUGUACAUAAUUAAAUAUGCAUUUACAACAAACAUAUUAGUCUAAUUACCUCAUACAAGGUAGCUUUACAAAUGGUGUGUAGCUAAAGGUUUUUUCACUAUAUGCACAAAAGUCAGUAUAAUGUAGAUGAGCAUAUUUUGAACAACUGUGAUGACUUGAAUGUUCAAUAUUCAAAAAUGCACCGGUGGACCCUCAUAUUUCCAACUCAGAUUUGUGCAGAAGCAGUAUUAGCUUGUUAUUUAUUGUUUCACUGAUGUGCCUUUGUUUGAUUUUCUACAAUAAAGACAAAAUAACUGAU